AUGGCAAGCCUACGGAAAACCCAUCCCCUUAUUAAAAUCGCCAACCACGCACUAGUUGACUUACCAGCCCCCUCCAACAUCUCAGUAUGAUGGAAUUUUGGAUCUCUUCUAGGAUUAUGCCUAGCUACACAAAUUCUUACAGGACUAUUCCUAGCUAUACAUUAUACAUCUGACAUCUCCACAGCUUUUUCAUCAGUCGCACACAUCUGUCGUGACGUCAACUACGGUUGACUAAUCCGAAACAUACACGCCAACGGGGCAUCAUUCUUCUUUAUCUGCCUCUACAUACACAUUGCCCGAGGACUAUAUUAUGGAUCCUACCUAUACAAAGAAACCUGAAACAUCGGGGUUGUCCUUUUUUUAUUAGUGAUAAUAACAGCCUUCGUUGGUUAUGUCCUACCAUGAGGGCAAAUGUCAUUUUGAGGCGCCACAGUGAUUACUAACCUACUAUCAGCAGUACCCUAUGUAGGUGAUGUUCUAGUGCAAUGAAUUUGAGGUGGAUUUUCGGUAGAUAACGCAACCUUAACACGAUUCUUCGCAUUUCAUUUCCUGUUCCCAUUCGUUAUUGCUGCAGCCAUCAUUUUGCAUCUACUAUUUCUGCACGAGACAGGCUCAAAUAACCCGGCCGGCCUAAACUCAGACGCGGACAAGAUUACAUUUCACCCUUACUUUUCCUACAAAGACCUACUCGGGUUUGUGAUUAUACUCCUAGCCCUUACAUCUUUGGCACUGUUUUCCCCUAACCUGUUAGGUGACCCAGAAAACUUCACCCCUGCCAACCCACUGGUCACCCCUCCCCAUAUCAAGCCCGAGUGAUAUUUCCUCUUCGCCUAUGCCAUUCUACGAUCAAUCCCAAACAAGCUAGGCGGGGUAUUAGCCCUUUUAUUUUCUAUCCUGGUACUUCUAGUCGUGCCAAUUCUCCACACAUCCAAACAACGUGGCUUAACCUUCCGGCCCUUCACCCAAUUCCUCUUCUGAACAUUAGUCGCAGACAUGGCCAUCCUAACAUGAAUUGGAGGUAUACCUGUAGAGCACCCCUUUAUUAUUAUUGGACAAAUUGCAUCCGUCCUAUACUUUGCAUUAUUCUUGGUCUUAAUACCACUAGCGGGCUGACUUGAAAAUAAAGCAAUGGAAUGAGCUU